UGCACCGCGGCUUGCGGCGAUGCCGCACGAGGCGUCCUCCGCCUCCGCCCUUCCCGCCUCCGAGGAGGACUCGCUGUUUAUCGAUCUACUACAUGAAGCUCCCCUAUCUGGUCAUCGAGAGCCUAGAAGCAUAGUUAGUGGCACCUUGUACUGUAUACUGUUGGUAGGCUAUGCUGCUGUUUCCGUGUCAGCUCCAUGGAUAUUUCUCCGUCUACCACAUAUGAUCUCUCCAUUGCUUUGCAGCUGCAAUGUUAUCCUUCUGCUUCUUACAGGCAUUUUUCAACAGUAUUGGGUUCACCAAGUCAGGAAAGUUAGGUUGCAGGGCUAUUACGAUUUUAGCCAGAAACUGAAGCGUAUUGCUCGACUUCCAUUUGCCACUAUUGCUUAUGGCACUGCUUUAAUGCUUUUAAUCAUAGUCUGGCAGCCCCUUCUACGAAUUCUAUCAAUUUCACUGUUGCUAAGGAUCGCUAUCGUGGUUGAAGCAAUAUGUGCUGGAUGUUUCAUGAGCUUAUACAUAUGGUAUAUCCACAAAUACAACUCUUUGAAUGGGCGGCCUGAUAUCUUGCGGUCAUUAUAUUCUGCACUUCAACCAUCUAGCACUUUGGAAGAUCGAAGAUAUUAUGAUGGCCGUCUUUCUGAUCAGCAGAUGGCAUUACUUCAAUACCAAAGGGAGAAUAUUCAUUACCUGAGUGAGGAGGUGCUUCGCUUACAAGAAAGCUUGAGCAAAUACCAGAGAACUGAUGUUGGGAACACUCCUCAGGUUGAUCUUGCCCACCUUUUAGCAUCUCGUGACCAAGAACUUCGAGCACUCUCCGCUGAGAUGAAUCAAGUGCACUCUGAGCUUGACCUUGCUCGUGGCCUGAUUGAUGAGAAGGACUCCGAGAUCCAACGUAUUCGUGUGAGCAACAAUCAGUAUGUUGAAGAAAAUGAUAGACUCAGAGCCAUUCUUGGAGAGUGGAGUGCUCGAGCAGCAAAGCUUGAACGUGCACUGGAGGCAGAGAGACUGUCAAACAUCGAAUUGCGAAAGCACAUUGCAAAGUUCCGAGGCCAGCUGCAAAAGGAGCAACACACCUGAUUCAACUGUUCUUGGAAUCUUCAUCUAGUGGUGUGUAUCAGCUAGUUCAAAAAUUCUCCAAUUUCUGAAUGUCUCACCUAGGACAACUGACCAAAGAUAGUCAUCUCAUGUGAAUUCCGAACCCCUAACAAUUGGCAGUUUAGGAGCAUCAGUGGUUUCACUAAAAUUGUAAUGUAGUAUAAGACCAGCAUGCUGCCUGGUAUGCAUCAGAAAAAAAGGAAAAGCAUACGCGGCAGCUCUCCUGUGAAUGCACAGUUUGAUUUGUAAAUCUGCAAAGUGUUGUUUAAUAAUGCCUUAAUGGUGUAUGAGGGGUUUAGCAUAGAUUUGGUUGAUCUUGAGCCUUGUGUGGCUGCAUGUUAACAUGUAAAGGACAACGUUUCUUUUUUUCUAACCAGUUACGAAACGAAGGUGAACCGUUGACCUAGGGAAAAAAAAACCCACAUG